AUGAGUGAGGAAGCAAGGAGAAUCGGAAGCGGAGCUCUGGAGAUGAAACCCUCCGCCGACGACCGGAGGCCAUCGUCGGCGGCGUCUCCAUUGCAGACAGUAGGCAAGAAAGUGAUUAUUAAGAGCGCCGAUAUGAAGGAUGACAUGCAGAAAGAGGCGGUCGACAUUGCCAUUGCCGCGUUUGAGAAGAACAGUGUAGAGAAGGAUGUUGCAGAGCAGAUAAAAAAGGAGUUCGACAAAAAGCAUGGACCUACUUGGCAUUGUAUCGUCGGCAAAAACUUCGUGGUCUACAUAGUUUUGCUUUCCAUUGUUGAUUUCUGUAGAAAAGACAUGAACACUCUUACGUGUUAUGUACAUGAUGGUCUUAAUGGUGGUUCUUAUGUGACUCAUGAGACAAAUCACUUUGUGUACUUCUAUUUGGAUUCAAAAGCAGUGUUACUGUUCAAAUCUGGUUGA